AUGAAGAGGACCGUAUUUGUUGCACUUUUCUUAUUAUUGCUACGAGCAGCAUCAGUUCAGAUUUCGUUCAAAGUACAAGAUAUAUUUGGCACUUGCACACUACUGCAGUAUGGACAUUAUAGUUCUAUAGAUGCUAUUGAGCACCCCAUUGACUUAAAGCAGUAUGAAGAUAACUGUGUAAUAAGGAUAUCCUAUGCCAAUGAUGAGCCAUUAAAGGAAUUUCUACUUGGAUCGACAUCCAAAAGCAAAAGCAACAGCAACAGCAACAGCAAUAUCACAUAUAAGAAAUGGGGGAAAAACAAUAAUCAACAGACGUUGGACAUCCAAAUAGAUGCCAAUUCAUUGGGCAAACUAGUUGAACGUUUUCCAACUAUGGUAUAUAAAAUGGUUAUCAAAGAUUUGUCACAAGCCGUUUAUGAAACGUUUCCUUUGUCAAAAGUUCCCCUUAUUUUGGAGAGCAACAAUGAUAUCCAUUCCUUCUCGGAAGAAGUUUUCUUUAAGGAGUACCGUGACAUAGCCACGAUCAACUCAUGGUUGUCUCUUCUACAAGCAACUUAUCCCGAUAUUAUCAAGAUUGAAGAUAUUGGAGAAACUUUUGAACAUAAGAAAUUACAAGUUGUCCACUUUUCAGUACCUUCAAGCGAAAUCGAACACCGCGAGAAGAAAACUGUUGUUAUCACGGGAGGCAUACACGCGAGAGAAUGGAUAUCGGUAUCAACCACCUUGUAUCUCAUUUACAAAUUGGUCCAAUUAUAUGACACUUGGCCAGAAUCGAAAAUGUUGACGAAUUUGAAUUUUUUGUUCAUCCCUGUAUUUAACCCGGAUGGUUACGAAUAUACUUGGACAACUGAUAGAUUAUGGCGUAAGAAUCGCCAGCAAACACCAGUGCCCAAGUGUUUUGGAAUCGACAUUGAUCAUUCAUACGAUUACCAUUGGACCAAAUCAUCAGAUUGGGCUUGUGGUGAAGAGUACAGUGGCGAGUCGCCAUUUGAAGCAUUUGAGUCACGUAUUUGGAAUAGCUACUUGGACGAAACUAACCAGCAACACAAGAUAUCGGGAUAUAUUGACUUGCAUUCAUAUUCACAAGAAAUCUUGUACCCAUAUGCUUAUUCCUGUAAUCAACAACCAAGAGAUGAAGAGAAUUUACUUGAAUUAGCCUAUGGAAUUGCUAGGUCCAUUAGGUUGCAGCUGGGAGAAGAUUAUCAAGUACUUCCGGCAUGUAUUGAUAAAGAUGCAGACCUUUUGCCCGAUUUGGGAUCAGGCACGAGCUUGGACUUUAUGUAUCACAAUAAAGCAUAUUGGGCAUACCAACUUAAAUUGAGAGAUACGGGGGACCAUGGGUUUCUACUUCCGUCGAAAUACAUUGAACCAGUUGGUAACGAAGUUUAUGCUGCCAUUAAGUAUUUUUGUAGCUUCAUUUUAAGUGAUGAACGUUAA